AUAGCUAUUAAACCUAGAAUCAGUCAUUGUGACGGAUAUAGGUAGUAUCUUUCAAUGCCAGGAUACUGGUAUGGAAUUAAGAACUAAUUACAAGUCUUCAGCUAUCUGAUUUAUAUUAGAUGUCAUUUGACUUGCUUGGAAACCAGCCAGUAGCUAUGUUUAUAUUUUAUAAGUAACUUAUACAUAAGUAACAAUUCCAUAGUAUAGUAUGUAGCCUCUUAAACUUUGUUAUUAUUACUGAUAUAGAUGAUUCAUGUACCCUAUGUAGUAAUAAAAUGAAGCUGUAUUAGUCAUUACAGUAACAGUAAUAGUUUAAGGAAACAGUGCUGUAUGUAAAACAAUUAAAACAAGUGUGUUUUUAGAAUUUGUCUGUUUGUGUAGUUAAAUCCACAAAACAAUGGAUUCGAAAUCAUUCAAGCGGUUUAAAUAAGUGAAAAUGCAUAUAAACGUUUAGUAUGGAUACAUUGCACGUUGGACAUGGACACAGUAAGGGAUCCAGUAGGAGCCAGUCCCCGUCCACAGUGGAUCUGGCCAGAGAUCCCGCCUUGACUGACGAUGCGUUGAUACGAUCGAGGGUCCAGUCGCCGUCCACGGUGCAUCAUGUCAGUGAUUCAUCGUCCCGUCACGGAGAGCCUCGUUCUCAUCACGUAAAGUCGCAUUCCAGGGAUCUUGGUACCAGCCCCCUUUCUGCUAACACAACCGGAAAUACGUCACGAGAAUUAGAAGAUUCGCCGCAAAAGAAGAAUAUAUCGAAUAUAAUCCCUGGAGACUAUGUCACCGCCGUCUACAGCCCUAUGUCAUAUGCCCUUUCCGCUGAUGAAUAUGGCUCACCGGCUUACAGAGGUCAAGAUGGGGAUUAUUUAACGAAAGGAUCGGAAGAUAGUGAAGGCAAUGUGGCGUCUGCUAAGGCACAGGCUGCCAUUGCGCAUCUCAAUAGUAAGAUCGAGAGAACGAAGUAUCUUAUACGGCUCGAACAGACUAUAAGAGAUGAUAACGUAAACGAGUACCUGAAGUUAGCAGCGAAUGCAGAUAAGCAACAGUUGCAGCGGAUCAAGGCUGUGUUUGAGAAGAAAAACCAGAAGAGCGCCCUCUGUAUUGUACAAUUGCAAAAGAAACUCGAGGGAUAUAACAAACGGAUAAAAAACUGGGAGCAACAUGGUACAAGCGGACAAUCACACAGACAACCACGGGAAGUGUUACGGGAUAUGGGGCAAGGGCUUAAAAAUGUGGGCGGUUGUAUACGCGACGGAAUCACUGGUUUGUGCGGAAGCGUAAUGGCGGCGCCAAGGGAAUUCGCCCACCUCUUCUCACGCUCCAAUCGCUUCGGAUCUGCUGAUAACAUCGCGCAUCUGGCCGCGAACGCGUCAUCGGAAGGGUCACGCACAUCCGAAGUGGGCGAGAACGCACCCCUCGGGUCUACUCUGCCCCGCUCCGCUACGUCCCCAGCGCCCAAGUACUCACCUGAUGCCUCGCCUAGUUCAUCGGUUACUAGUGAGGGAGCACCAUAUCCAGUGCAAGCGGGUUCAAACAAUAUGUCGGAAGCAACGUUUAGCCUUAAGCCAAUACUCAAUGAACUGCGCGAGCGCAGGGACGACUACCAGAGGUUAACUGAGAAAAUAGAUGCAUUAAAGAACUUAACGCAAGAAGUAUCGUUUCUUUCGGCCGCGCUGCAAGAAGAAAGGUUUAAGACGGAGAGGCUUGAAGAACAAAUCAACGACUUAACUGAAUUGCACCAAAAUGAGGUGGAAAAUUUAAAGCAAGCACUGACGGAUGUAGAAGAAAAAGUACAGUAUCAGAGCGAAGAGCGGAUACGAGAUAUACAUGAAGCGUUAGACCUCUGUCCAACUAAGAUCAGCAAGCUGGAGCAAUGGAUGGCGGGUGGAGGGGCGGGAGGAGCGGCGUUGCCCCCGCGGGUGGUGGUGGUGAAGCUGCUCAACGUGGCGCUCACGCUGUUGCAGCUGGCUCUGUUGCUGGUGGCUACGGUCGCGGGCGUGGCUAUGCCCUUCUUGAAGACCAGGGUCCGAGUCCUUAAAACGAGUCUCGUGGUGAUGGUAGGCGUUAUGGUCCUAAAGCAAUGGCCGGAAGUGACGCAACUUUCAGAACACCUCGUGCGGCGUGUGGCGGCUCAAAGAGUAUCUACUUGACAAACAUCACGACAGGUAUGAAUGUCGGUCGUUGUGUGGUUGAUUUUUCGGCGAUAUUGCAAUUCUGUCUGGACUGUUCAACGUGGUGAUUUGCUAUAUUUGUGAUUGAAUUGCAAAUAAACCGUUGUUUAUAUUGAUGGAAAUACUGUAAUCCAACAUUAGGGACUAUGUGAUAUUUUGUGGAUGGAGUGCUGAGGGAGUUUUGUACGUGGAGUGGGCAAAUUUGAUGGUCUUGUGAACGCUAUUUGAGACGCAAUUUCAUUAUUUGUUUAAGAUCUUGGAAUUUUCUCAACUCGCUAAACGAGAACACAAUUUUAUUUUAUAUUAUUUCGUCAAUAAUCAAACCCGUGACCGUCAGUUGGACGAUAAUGUCUCAAGUAGUUAUCACAUUCAUUAAAUUUGUUCCUUAGAAUAUUCUUUGAAGGGUUAUUAUCUGAAAUGUUAGCUACUUGUGAUUUCUUACAAAAGCUUUACUUAUUGAACUAAAAUUAUUUAUUGGAAUUAUGUUGCGUAAAUUAGUACAAUUAAAGACGGCUCGUGCUGAAAUUCUGUAUAUAUCCCCAAUUUUUCCCAAGUUAUUUCAGUGCGGGAUCGAUUAUAAAUUUAUAUUAAUGUUGAUAUGGUAGGCCCAUUGGAUAUUUGAAUAUUUAAUCAGAGGUUUCAAUUAUAGAUGAGGUGAUUAAGUGUGAACUGUGCACUUGAUUGAUGCAAUUUCGAAAUUCUGAGAAUAUACUUUGCCUUUAUUAAACUAAUGUGUCGGUAUGAUAGAGAGGGAACGAUUAUAAUACAGUGAACGAGAGCGGGAUGCAAUAUUUGUUCAUCUCUUUACGCACUGCUAUUAGUAUUUUUGUAUUAAACCCUUGCCAUUGUUACGCACCGAACUUUUUUUCCAUACAAAUUGUCAGUGUAAAGUUAAGAAAUAGAAAAUGUGUCAUCUAUGAUUAAAAUCUCCGUAUUAAGCCAGAAACUUGAAUUAUAUUUUUUUGACGAAUGUCGAUACUUUAUUUGAAAAGUUGAAAUUGUAUUAAGCAAUAAUUAGUUUAAAUUAAUUCAUGAACUAGAUCAAAAUUGUAUAUUUAUCGUAAUAUAAUUAAUAAACAUUCCAAAUUACCGAUUGACGUAGAAUACAAACGUUUAAAAGGGGGAAUAAUUUUGUAAAUUAUGUACAUAUUUUGUGCACGGAUGGUUAUUUUUAUAUCGUUAAUGCGUUUAUUUCUACAUUUGUUUGGUAACUUGGUGCAUACGACACUGA